AUGGUGAGCAUUGUAUCUGAUUUGGCAAAGUCAACUCUGGAGAAAUUGAUUAAUGCAACAAUAGAACAAUCACGUUAUAUUUGUUGCUUCACAUGCAUUACUGAUGACUUUGAAAAGGAAAGGGAAAAUUUGAUAGCAAAAAAGGAAACAUGGGAAGAGUAUGCUAGAGUGGCAACUAGAAGAGGUGAUAACAUACGAAAAAAUGUCACCCAAUGGCAAAAGCAAGCUAAAGAACUUAUUGAAGAAGACACCAAAAAGAAAGUGACAUGUUUCUUUGGAUGGUGUCCUAACUGCAAAUGGCAAUAUAGUAGGGGGAAGGAAUUGGAAAGUAAGACAAAGGAGAUUAGAAGACUUGUUGAACGCAACUUUGAAAAUUUUGGAAUCAGUCGUGAUGUUCCUGACAUUGAAUAUCACUCUUCUGAAAAUUACAUUUCUUUCAAAAGUAGAAAGGAUGGGGGAACAGGAAAAACAACAUUAGCAAAAGAGGUGGGUAAGGAGCUUAAGAAGUCAAAAUGUUAUAAUCAAGUGAUUGAUACUACAAUAUCUAAUACCCCUGAUAUAAAAGAGAUUCAAGAUGAUAUUGCAGGACCAUUAGGACUGUUAUUGAAGGAUUGUACCGAAUCAGAGAGGCCUAAAAAGUUGAAGGAUAGAUUAACCAAUGGUGAAAAAAUUCUUCUGAUUCUAGAUGAUGUGUGGGGAGAUAUCAAUUUUGAAGAAAUAGGUAUUCCAUUUAAGGGCAACCAUAAUAAUUGUAGAAUUCUUGUGACCACUCGCGAUAUAAGAAUAUGCAAUAAAAUGGAAUGUGAGAAGAUAAUUCAACUUGAUAUCUUACCAGAGGAAGAGGGAUGGAUAUUGUUCCAAAAGCAUGCUGCUUUAAGUAAUAAAUCCUUUAAAAGCAUUCUUGAUAGAGGUCGCAAAAUUUCCAAAGAAUGUAAAGGAUUGCCAAUUGCAAUUGCUUUAAUUGGUCGUAGUUUAAAGGGUUCACGACUUCUGGAAGAAUGGGAUGUAGCCUUAAAAUCCUUACAAAAGUCCAUGCACGUACAUGAUAAUAUAGAUGAAAGUCUGAGAAAAGUUUAUACAUGUCUAAGGUAUAGUUAUGACAAUAUGAAGGAUGAAACAACCAAGAAUUUUUUCCUUUUAUGUUCUUUGUUUCGAGAAGAUGAAGAAAUAUCUGAAGAACUUUUAGUCAGACUUGCUAAAGGAGCACCUCUCAUUGACAAAAUUAAUGACAAUGACAGUUACGACGAAUGUCGUAAGAAAGUUAUUGUAGCAAAAUAUAAACUCAUAGAUUCAUGUUUACUUUUGAAUUGUAAAUCUGGAAGAGUAAAAAUGCAUGACUUGGUUCGUGAAAUGGCUUUGUGGAUAGCUAACGAGGAGAUUGUGGCAGUGAAUACAUCUAAGAAGAAUGAAAUGACAAAGGUUGAAAAGGGGAAGGAUAUUAAAUAUUUAUUAUGUAGAGGAGAAAUCAAUGAUUUGUUUUACUCCAAGUUUGAUAGAUCUAAACUUGUUAUUCUUAUUGUCUACAUGUAUAAAACGGAUCAUGUGGAGGUCCCAAAUUCAUUCUUUGAAAACAUAGAAGGGCUUCAAGUUUUGAUUUUAUCAAAUACUUACUUUAGGGUGCUUGAACGUAUGUUUCCAUUUAUGAUGAUGAGACCAAGUUUAUCAUUGCCUCAGUCAAUUCAAAGGUUGACCAAUAUGAAAUCUUUAUACCUCAAAAGAUUCAAAUUAGGUGACAUCUCGAUUAUUGGAAACCUACAGGCCCUUGAGACUCUCGAGUUGGUUGAAUGUAUGAUGGAUGAAUUGCCUAGGGAGAUUGGAAAACUGGUGAAUCUUAAAUUAUUGAAUUUGAAUUAUUGUCGUUUUGAAAGGAGCAAUGUAUUUGAAGUGAUUAGAAGUUGUUCUUCAUUGGAAGAGUUGCAUUUAGUAACCACUAAUGGUAAUAAAAUUUUUAAAGAUUGCCAUCUACAGCUUCCUAACUAUCAAAGGUUUUGUAUAGUGGAACAUAGCUUCCUGGAAAAUUUUUACCCUGAAUGGUUUUUAAGGAAUUCCCUGCAUGUGGAUAACGCUAUGGAAAUUUUUUCUCAGGAGACAUUGAAGAAUCUAGUUCAAAAAGCAGAAAUUCUUAGAUUAAGUGGACCUCUAGGAGUAUGGAAAAAUCUCAUACCUGAUAUUAUUUUUCCUGAAGAUGAAUCUACGAGUAAUCUAAAGGAGAUUGCAUUGGCAGAUAAUUCACAACUCACAUGCCUAAUUGACAAUAAUGAUUCUCUUGUGCAAAGUGCCUUAUCCAGGUUGGUUAUGCUUAAACUUGUAGGAAUGGAAAAUUUGAAAGAAAUAUGCAAUGGACCCCUUCCCUCUGAACUUCUAAAAGAUUUAGAAACAAUAGAUCUAUCUAAUUGCAUACAUUUGCAAGGCGCAUUGUUUAAGAGCAAGAUCUCCCUCUGCAAUCUUAAAUGCUUGUCUAUCUCGCAAUGUCCAAUGUUGACAUCUCUGUUUGAGUUGUCGACGACACAAAGCCUAUAUUCGUUGGAGACAUUGCGGAUAGAGCAUUGUGAACAAUUGAAAAGUAUAAUAAGAGAUGAAAACAAAUUGAAAGAUUCUGGAGAAGAAAUAGUUGAUACUCAUAAUAAUAACAAGAGUACUAUUUCAAUAUUUCCAAAUUUAACCACUCUUCAUGUCUCCGACUGUCACCUGUUACAAUUUGUACUUCCGGUGACUCAAAAAAUUCCAAAACUUGAAGAUACUAGAAUAGGCGAAUGUGAUGGGUUAAAAUACUUAUUUGGCCGAUACCAACAUGAGCAUGAACAGGAAGAUUUGCAUCAAGAAUUAAAAGACGUCAUAAAAGAUGUUUAUCUAUAUAAUUAUGACUAA